UGGGAGUUUACAACAAGUGGGCGAAGUGGAAGAUAUGGCGUAAUUCAGACCUUCACUGUUCCACGUACGACUCUCUACCAAAUAAAGGCCUGGGGAGCUCGUGGUGGAACACAUUCAUACAAUUAUGGAUAUAGACCUGGAACAUACUAUGGUGGUAAAGGAGCAUUCAUAGAAGGAAAGUUCACAUUGAAUAAAGGAACAGUGCUGAAUAUUGUGGUUGGACAGCGUGGUGGAAAUUCAGUUGAAGUGAAGGAUGGCCAAAGCACUGACAUGACAGCAGCUCAACUUGGAAUUUCUGUAGAGGACAAUGCUGGAACUGGAGGAGGGGGUGGUAGUUUUGUCUAUACCACAAGAAAUACCCUGUUGUUAGCUUCCGGAGGAGGUGGUGGUGCGUCUAGUGGAUAUAACGGUGUAGAUGGCCAGGUGGGAACAAGUGGAACUAAUAGUGUGGGGAAAGAAGCAUCACAGGUUAGGAAGGGAGGCACAGGGGGGCAGCCAGGUGAAUGUAACAGUGCAGGUGCAAGCUACCACGGGGGUGUAGGUGCCGGUUGGCACGGCACUGGUUGUACCCGAACUGGUUCUGAACACGGACAAAGAGGUGGAUCACGUGAUCACGGCUGGAUUGGUGGUCAGGCCGGUGGCAUGAACAGUGGAAAUAACGGCGGGCCAGCACCAGGAGCAGUGGGAGGUUUUGGUGGUGGAGGUGGAGGAUCAGAGGAUAAUGGUGCAUCAGGAGGAGGUGGAGGGUACUCUGGGGGAGGCAGCGGUACCCACUCUAGCCAGGCUGGAGGGGGAGGGGGUUCGUAUUGCCGUGGUCAGAGUUGUUCGGGUGUGAAUGGCGGUAAC